AUGACAGUGCGCGAGGAGGACCGGAAGAACAUGAGACACAGCAGCUCAUGGCCGGAUUGGGCGCUACAGACGGUGAAAGUGCGCGUGGAUCCGUUGUCGCGCGCCUUCACGAUUAUCCCAACGAUUCGCGAGGGUUUGCAUCCGUUGUUGAAGAGCAACUGGAUCGACGAGAUCGUUUUCCUCGAUCAUGACGGCUCGACGUCCGUCGAGACGAAACGACGAUUCAUGUGCAGCACCAAGACGGUCAAACAGAAUGGCCACGAUGAAUUAGGGGAAACUUUUGAACUACGCACUCUGGUGCCUGACGUUAUGAAUAAAAGUUCCGGAAAAGCUAUUGACGAGGAUAGAAGAAGUGGUGAAUGUCAUAAAAAUGAGUCAAAAUUGCCUUCGGGACUGUGGUCCAACGAAACUGCCAAAGAUUCCCGCGAAGGUAAUAGAGAUAUGACUGAGAGAAGCAAGCCAGACUUCUAUCUAGCUGACGAAGAACGUACGUCGAUACCAUGCCGCCAGGAAGACAAUACGAAUAAACCAAACUUCAGAUUGGAAUCCACCGAUGAACCUUCCAUAUGUUUCACUGCACAAAACAAAUACACAGAAGAAUCCGAGGUGAAGACCGAAUUGAAACACGAAGAUCCUCUACCUUUAGAAAUCAUCGUAAAAAUCGAAUCAUCCAAGCAUCUGCAAAGAAUUCCAAAUGGAACGGAAGACAGAGAAGGCGCUCAAGUUUUGACCCAAAAAUCCAACCCAAGAAAGACACCAACUCCUCAAAUUGAAAUAGUAGAUUACGACGAUAUAACAAGCUUUUCCCUUAUAACAGAAAGACAAAUGCAACAUGCUUGCCCGAAAUGCACUUCGGAAGGCCAGCUUCUUGAACGCGUAGACCCAUUUCGUUCGCCGGUUUCGAGCAGGAAAAAAACCGUUGGUCGGUGUCAGGAUGGGAAGCCGGAAAUGGUCCGUAAAUAUUCCGCGACGGAGGGUAAAAUGAGGAACAGCUGGCGUAGAAUAGGAGCGAGCGGUCUAAUUGGAGGCGCCAGGAAUAGGGAAAAGGAGAAGUACGCGCGGAAGAGGAACGGCAAUCCGCUGUGCAGGCCGAUGAACGACGUGAGGAAAGAGGCCACCCUGAGGAGGCAUUACUAUCCGGAGGGAGGCUGGGGCUACGUGAUCGUGACUUGUUCUGCGCUCGUCCAUUUCCUCGGGAUCGGUUUGCAGUUCGCGGCGCCUGGCAGUUGGCAUCUAACCGCCGAAGUAAAGUUCCAUCAGCCCGCCCUUCACAGCGCAGGUAAGAUAUCUCUCGUCUUAUAG